CAGCUCUAACUCCCAAAUCGUGGAAGAGGCCCAAGAUGCAGGUGCCCCGAGACUCGUUCCCCACUGACUGGAGCCCACCACCUGUAGAUUUCCUAAACAAGAACAGGAAGAUACUUCAGGCCUGCAGGAGACCUCGGGAGACCUGGGGGAAGGAGCAUCUAGACUCAGACCAGAAGGUGGGGCUGACCUCGCUGGAAAAACUGUUCUGGGACAUGGCGGGUCCGAGCCAGCAGGCUGUGACUCCAAAGAUGUCCUCUGGGGGCUCAGAGUGCUAUGUCAACAACUUAGAUUACUUACUGCAAGAGAAGAGACAGCAGGCCCUGGAGCAGGGUUGGAAGCAGCUGCUGCAGCAGGAACAUCCCAACCUUGAACUCAGUGAGUGUGAGGAAGACUACGGAGAAGCAGCACUCACACCUGAGCACAGGAUGCUGGUGGAGAAGUUCUCCAUAUCCCUGCAGGUCAUUUCGCCAGUGCAUCCCGGUGAGACUGUAUUUCUGCCUAGACGUCAGCCCUUGCCGUGUACCCUGGACUCCUCCAGUCUGAAGGCACACAGUCGACUGGAAGAGCUGUUCCUCAGGUCCCCGCCGCCCAGGCAGCUCUCCUUCCUGCACCAGGGUCUCCUGAGCAACCUCUACCUGCAUGCCUCUGAUUACCCGCGGCCUCUGCUGCAGUGGCUCUUCAAGUUGUUAACAUGGCCUCCAGAAACAUCUUCGAGAGCUUUUGUUCUCCUCUGGGAUCUCAGCAUAGAUGGACUGUUCCGUCAGCCUGAUGAGGACAUGCGUUUGUGGUGCCCCUCGCUACAAGAGGUCAAGGAGGUGUUCCGCAGCCUGGGAGCCUACAACCCUGCCCUGUAUCCGCAGGGGCCCUUCCAGCACAGCCCGAGAGUGGCUGAGAGUGAGGCCAGCCUGAGCUGGUGGGAACCACAGGAUUCUCCCCAGGGAAUGACCUUGGCCAUUAAGCUGAGCUACAUCUACAAGUUCCUGAUCCUGUGCUUCCUAGUCCAGCCAAGGUCCUACCCUGAUGCCAGCAUCUUGAGCCUGAUGGAGCUGCUGUGUCGUGCGGGCCUGGAUGUGGGGCUGCGCCUAUUCCCUAAGACUGACCUCCAGCAACUCCUUCUCCUACUGCUGGAAAACAUCCAAGAGUGGCCGGGAAAGCUCCAGCCACUGUGCUGCGCCCUCAGCUGGGUUUCGGACCACCACCACAACCUGUUGGCCCUCGUGCAGUUCUUUCUGGACGUGACUCCUCGGGGCAGGCAGCUCCGAAGUCAACUGAGCCUCACAGUUAUUGCCCGGAUGCUGGGUCAGCAAGAGGCACUUCCUCUCUGGGGAGAGACAACCCAGCUAUCCUUGCUCAGCCAGCUCCUCAGCCUCAUGAGACCAUCAUCCCUCAGGCAGUGUCUGGGCAUUGAGAACUUGCCACCCUGUCAGGGGCAAGAGUCAAAGGCCAAUGCUGAGCUAGACCACAAGGUCUGCUAUCUGUGCCACAGCCUCCUGACACUGGCUGGGGUGGUGGUCAGUAGCCAGGAUAUCACUCCAGAUCAAUGGGGCGAGCUGCAGCUGUUAUGCAUGCAGUUGGACCGCCACAUCAGCACCCAUAUCCGGGAGAGCCCCCAGGCCAUGCACCGGACCAAACUCAAGGACCUAGCCACCCAGACCUACAUCCGCUGGCAGGACCUGCUGGCUCACUGUCAGCCCCAGGGCCAGUACUUCAGCCCCUGGAAAGACAUUUAAAGCGAUAAGGGCAGAGUGGCCCAAGGCUCUGGACUCCAGCAAGGAGAGAACUAUAGGAGGCUGAAGCCUAGGAAGCGAGAGAC